AAGCGAAGCACUUUGUCCAUGCCAACCAAGCAAGACGAGACGAGCAUCUUGCACAAGUAAGCUGAGGCUCCAGAGAAACCCACCCCCCGAAAGAUUGUCGUAGCUUGACUUUGGCGCCGUUUCCCCGCACAGGCUCUCCGGAAAUGCAAGAAACCCACGACCCCGCCAUCAAGCUCUUCGGCAUGAAGAUCCCCGUUUCCUCCUCCGCCGCCGAUGACGCGGUUCCUGCGGCGGCGAGACCGGAUGAGAGGGAAGAUGGAGGAGGAAGAGGAGGAGAGGAAGAGUACGAUGGAGAUGACGGGGAAGAGGAAGAAGAGGACGCAGAGCAGUUCCAGGACGCUUCAGCUGAAAAGGCUCCUGAGAAUAUGCAAGAAAAGGGUGAGCCACAUCCAAAUUCUCCGGAACUGAAUCCCCCUGGGACUUCUCCGGAGGCUGUGAACCCUAUGACGCCCUCUAUUCAUGAAGAGAGUGUGAAAACGCAAAUCCCUGAGGCUGGAGCACGAGAAGAGAAUGGCUCGCCCAAAAAUUCGCAAGAGAAAACCCUGAAGAAACCAGACAAGAUCCUUCCUUGCCCGCGCUGUAACAGCAUGGACACAAAAUUCUGUUACUACAACAAUUACAAUGUCAAUCAGCCCCGGCACUUCUGCAGAGCCUGCCAAAGGUACUGGACUGCGGGGGGUACUAUGAGGAAUGUUCCCGUGGGAGCGGGACGGCGGAAGAACAAGAACGCUGCCACACGUUAUCGCCACAUCACCAUCUCCGAGGCUCUCCAAGCAUCCAGAGUUGAUUCUGCAAAUGGGGCUCAACUCUGCCAUUUGAGAACCAAUGGAGCCGUCCUCACCUUUGGUUUGGACUCCCCUGUGUGCAGUUCUCAGUCCCCCAUCCCAAAUAUUGCCGAGAAGACGACAGUGUUAAACGGUUACAAAAAUGGGUUUCAGGACUUCGAAAAUGGGGAUGAUAGCUCCACCUCUUCCUCCGUCACAGUAUCGAACUCCAUGAAUGAGAAAGGCCUAAAUUUCCCACAAGAACAAGGGAUGGGAAAUGUUAAUGGAUUUUCUACGCAGAUACCUUGCCUUCCCGGCGUUCCUUGGCCUUAUCCAUGGAAUCCCACGAUGUCCUCACCCGCCUUUUGCCCUUCAGGAUGUCCACCGAUGUCAUUUUACCCUGCACCCUUUUGGGCUUGUGGUGUUAUUCCUAAUGCCUGGAACAUUCCUUGUUUGUCACCUCAGUCACCCUUUUGCAACCAAAAGACCACAACUUCUGGUCCAAAUUUGCCGACACUGGGAAAGCAUUCGAGAGAACCUGAGCCACUUAAGUCAGAUACUUCAUUGGAACAAGUGGAACCCCCAAGACGGAAGAAUGGUUGCGUUUUGGUUCCGAAGACGCUGCGUAUAGAUGAUCCCAGCGAGGCUGCCAAAAGUUCAAUAUGGGCAGCCCUCGGUAUUAAGGCCUUCGAACCAAAGUCCGGAGAAGGCAAAGUUAAAGCUGCCCAAACCUCACCACACUUGUGUGCUAAUCCCGCGACAUUGUCUCGAUCCCUCAAUUUCCAUGAGAACACUUGAUGUAGCAGCUCAUGACUGUAAAUUGAAGAAUCGUGUGGUUUUUGCGGAGCAGGAUACUGUCACAUUCACUCGAGCAACGACGGGCAGAGCUUUGGGCAUCACAUUAUUAGCCCACGAAAUGGCGUGCUCAUUGCUCAAGACUUGAAGAGAUAAAGAAGAUUCCAUCCACAGAGCUCUCACGUGGAUUAGUUUUGUGAAUCUUUUUAACCUUGGAAACAUCUACCUUUGCUGAACGAAGUUAGCCUGCUUUUCUUUUGGUCUUGUACAUUGAUAAUGUAUGCAACUUGUGGCUCUGAAUGUAUAGGAGGAGAUAUGGAGAUUUCCGCGGCACCAUAACUUCCUGAAUCAUUAUAAAUACUUUCAGAUGAUUGCUUCCUUUU